CGUCUCGCUCUCGUCUCGCUCGUAUCUCGAUUUCAUUCGAUAUUUUUGUUACUAUGGAUGAUCAAACCCCUGGGAGUGUUGAAACCUUGAGAAUUGGCCCUCUGCCGGCUGUUCAGAGAAAGAAGAAUCAUCGGAAACAGAAGGGCCUACCUGGACAAAUCACCGAGACAGUUGAAGAGUUAAAAAGAAACGGUCUGACAUUUCAUCAUCAAAGCAUAUUGCCUCAGCGACUGGGAACCUUGUGGCGUGGUAACGGCGUUUCCAGGCAGACGAACUGGCGGAGGAGGAUCGCUGUUGAAGCAAUGUCGAAGGUUCAAAAAAAGAGUGCGCAUCUUUUCUUUGUCUUGGUCUUGCUUGUGUCAACAACGACAUGUGGGCAGAAGGGCUAUGUCGAAGAAAAUAUCAACCCACUACUGGACAAGGAAAGCUACAAUGACUACGAAUUCUCCUUACCAACGAAAGACAGGCUAUUCAUGGAGGAUAUUGAACAAAAACAUGGCCUUGGAGAAAUUCCGAAUUUCAUCACACUGAAGCAGGCUUUAUUCCAAAAUAACCAGUCUAUGACAGCCCAGAGAAGUAUGUUAACCAUCUAUUGCCACCUAUGUUCUCCACUCACCGUAGGUGCAGAUAUCGAGUACGCGUAUGGCCGCAUGCUAAGAGAACACAUUCCAUUGUUCUUACAAACAGUGGCACCAGCGAUCGAGAUGAGCAACCUAUGCUGGGCCGAGGAAAAACGGGGAGACAACAGAACAGAUGCUGUGACUUUGUUGGUACCUGAAGGUGACGUAGAUUGCAGCGUUGUAUUGGCGAUCAGUCGAAACGUUGCAUUAAAGAUGAUUGGGACGUAUGGUCUUACCCAAAUUCACAACGCAGAUACUGGUCUUCAGCAAUCGACGAAGUAGUACUGGGCGGUGCCGAGAACUUCGCAGCGAUGGUUGGCGGGAACAUCGAAGGUCCUUUCCUGGGCAUCGGCUCGACCCUCUACUGUUGGUGUAUGAUUGGGAGCUCGAACUCUCACAAAGCCUUCCUUGAAAGUUAUUCGUCUUGCGUAGUUUGUCGGCUCCAACAAUCCAUCGCCUUUGAUCCACGUAAUGCCGCCAGUUAUCUUGCCCCCUCUAGUUUCUUCAUCCAUGUCCGUGAACAAAAGACUUCCACUGUAUCAAGACCGUGCCUUAUGUUGAUAUGGUGCUCAGUUUUUAUUCGAAUACCCGCUUGAGCUGCUGAAGUUGGCGUGAAGUUACGCAGACUGGGAUGCUUAGUUGACAGAGACGUUCCAAUCUUUGGGCAGUGAUCGAAAUCAGGGAGGACGACUGGCCGUGUC